UCUCCUCUCAUAAAUCUCCCCUCCCCACUCCCCUUUUCAAUAUCUUCUCCUCUCUGGUUAGGGUUAGCCUCGCGGUGGUAACCACACCUCACCGCCUUGCCUUCUCUUCUUCCCCUUCGAAGUCUUCGCCUCGAAUCGGCCAUGGCCACAGCGGUGCACAGAUCCCAUGACGCGCUGAACAACCGGAUGCAUCUGGACGCGUUCACCCCGUCCCCGACGAAGCCUCGCCGCCGGCGCAGCCCGAAGCCGGCGGGCGCGUCGUCGCUGCCCCCCAGGGCCGCGGCGGUAGCCUCACCGGCUCCCAAGCAAGCGGCGGUGGCGUCACCUCCCGUUAAGGCUGCGGCUCCGAGCCGCCGCUCGCCGCCUGCGAGGCCGGCCGCUGGGAAGCAGCCGUCCCCGCCGAAAGAGAAGCCGAAGCAGCGGCUUGUUAUGGAGGAGGUUCGGAUCCUCAAGCGCGGCGAGGAGCCGCCUGCUCCCGCCCCAGCGCCGGCGCGGGCGCCAGUCCUAGCAGCGCCCGUGGCGCAAUCCGCGGCGGUUGACCAGCGCGUCCUCUGCGCCGCUAGCCGGAUCGGGCCGCAGGAGCCCGCCGUGGUUCCGACGAAGAUCCUGGCCGCCGCCGAUGCGGCCGGCUACGCGGGCCCGGCUUUCUCUGCCACUGCACCCGAGCCGAGCUCCCUCCCCUUCCCGGCGUUCAUCCGGCGCGCGGAGACCGAGGCCACCCGCGGCCUGCGGUGCCUCCUCCGCAUCGGCGAGCUCGCCUGACGGCCCCCACAGGCCAUCGCCGGACCAGCGUCCGCUCCCCAAGUCACCCUUCUGCUUCGUCUCUUCUCGUCUCCCUCGUCUCAGGUGGUUCCCGACUGACUGAUGGAUGCAAGGAUGGAUUGACGGAUGGUUAGCAUCUGAUGGGCGGUUGGAUCCGAUCGAAAGCUUCUCCGGAUCAGAUCUCCCGGUAACUCGCCCGGUCAACCUCUUCCCGUAUUUUUUCAGAGGAAGGGUUGGGGAACGAGCAACCGGUGGUUGGAUUUGGUGGUGGUUAGGUUCGCAAGUCGCAUGCUGUUCGGUUCGCUUCUGUGACGCUGCUGCGUCAUAAAGUAGAUUAAUUAUGAGUAAAAAUGGUGGAUUAAGGGCUUGGUUAGUCGGUCUUUGGUGGUGUUUGGUUCAGGAGUUGGACUAAGUUAGUGUGGGGAUUAAAUGGUUGGUUUAGGAGGUAAUCUGGUAGUAGACAACCUGAGUAUGAUUCAGGUUCGGUGAUCGUUGGAAUAAUUGAAGGUUCGGUAUGGGUGCGAUUCGUGUGUUUUUUGGUUUUAGGGAGCUAUGAGCCAAGUUAUGUGAUGUAGCGGUCAGGUGAAGGGCUUAUGUAAGAUAUGUCUAUCAAAUUCGUAUCUGUCAGUUUAGCUGUUGUAUAUCAGUGAUAAAUUUAGAUAUAAAUUCUUCUCUGA